AUGAAAUACCUGUCCAGAGUUCCCGAAGAACGAAGUGCCUAAGCAGCAAUACCAGAGGUAUAAUCGACAAAUGUCUGAUCCACCGCGCUACAUUGACCAGGAUCAUGAAUAUGAAUCUGGCAGACAUGAAGACCAGAGAACGUAUAUCUUGUCAAAUGAACGUGCAAAACAAACAGCAACGUAUCAUGAGAAAGCAGCCUCGUCUGUGUCCCGACAAGCGUAUAAACGGGCGUCGUCGGGAAAAUUGCUUGUCAAGGGAGGCACGGUGGUAAAUGAGGAUCGCAUGUUCCUGGCCGACGUGUACAUCGAGGAUGGAGUCAUCAAGCAAGUUGGCGGCGGAUUGGAAGUUCCUGAAGGUACCAAGGUCAUAGAUGCUUCUGGGAAACUCGUCAUGCCAGGUGGCAUCGACACCCAUACACAUAUGCAGCUGCCUUUCAUGGGCACUGUUGCUGUCGACGAUUUCUUCCAUGGCACAAAAGCGGCUGUUGCUGGUGGAACAACAAUGAUCAUUGAUUUUGUCAUACCACAAAAGGGUGAAUCCCUCCUUGGAGCAUAUGACAAAUGGCGACAAUGGGCAGAUGAGAAAGUCUGCUGCGACUACAGUUUCCAUGUGGCUGUGACGUGGUGGAGUGAAAGUGUACGAAAAGAGAUGCAAAUCCUGACCAGCGAUAAAGGCGUGAAUUCGUUUAAAGCAUUUAUGGCUUAUAAAGAUGUCUUCCAACUCGACGAUGGAGAGCUGUACCACGCCUUCAAAGCAUGUCGGGAAUUCGGGGCCCUUGCGCAAGUUCACGCUGAAAAUGGAGACCUGAUACACGAACGUUCCAAAGUCAUGAUUGAGCUUGGUAUCACAGGCCCUGAAGGACACGAAAUGUGCAGACCAGAGCAUGUUGAAGGUGAAGCCACCCACAGGGCAAUAGUCAUUGCUGAUCAGGCAAGUUGCCCAAUUUACAUCGUUCACGUAAUGAGCAAAUCGGCUGCUGACGUCAUCAGUGAAUGCAGACGAAAGGGAUUCGUUGCUUUUGGGGAACCAAUAGCAGCAGGUCUUGGCACAGAUGGAACAAACUAUCAUCACAAAUGUUGGCGACAUGCUGCUGGUCACGUGAUGGGUCCACCUUUGCGUCCUGACCCAUCGACUCCAGAGUACCUCAUGAAGCUUCUUGCAAACGGCGAUCUACAGUGUACUGGCACAGACAAUUGCACGUUUAAUGCAAACCAAAAAGCGCUUGGCAAAGACGACUUCAGAAGAAUUCCCAAUGGCGUUAACGGAGUCGAGGACAGGAUGUCAGUAAUUUGGGAAAAGGGUGUGCACAAUGGAAAAAUGGAUCCUUGUAGAUUUGUUUCAGUUACUAGUACUACAGCAGCCAAAAUUUUCAAUAUUUACCCAAGAAAGGGUUGCAUUGCACCUGGUUCUGAUGCAGACAUAGUUGUUUGGGAUCCACAUGCAAAGAGAACAAUUUCUGCUAAAACGCAUCAUCAGGCUGUGGAUUUUAAUAUUUUCGAAGGGAUGGAAUGCCAUGGUGUUGCUACAGUCACCAUAAGCAGAGGAAAAGUUGUUUGGGAGAAUAACAGGCUAUUCAUUGAACGUGGCUCUGGAAGAUAUAUCCCAAGAAAUCCAUUCUCUGCUUAUGUCUACAAUAGAGUACUUCAGAGGGAAAAGACCUGCAAACCACGCAAGGUUGAUCGUGAACCAUACACUGGACCAGUAAUAGAGCUUGGAGAGAAAAGAAAGACUCAAGAAGCUGCACCAUCAAGCCCAUCAAAGAAGAAUGCAUCUCAGAAUGUCUCAAGUAUUGUUUUGGGUUGAACGGAAUGUUAUCUGCAUGGAAAAAAAUUUUUUAAAGGAUACUUUACUUCUAAAUUUGCCUAUUUGACAUUUUGUAAUUGCUUUUUGCUCAAAAACCCAUAUUUAUUUUUUACAUUUCACAUUAUUGAUUGACAAAAUGUAUCAGUAAGAAGAAAAUAGAGGAAUUAUGAUUGCUUUUACGAAAAGAUUUAAGUGCCUAAACAGUGAUAUGACUGCAGGAGUGACAUCACUCAUGUUAAAAAUAAUAAAUAUAGUCCUUGUAUGCUUGUGUAAAUUAGAAUUUUUUACACCAUUUGAACUGUAGUGUGGCAUGGAAAAGUGAAUUGUAAUGGCUCCAUUACAAUCAUUGCUCUUCUCUUUUGAUUUAUUCUGUAUGUCAAUUUUUAUUUAUUGAAACUAGUACUUA